AUGGCAAUCCAAACUGUGGGUGUGGUCGGCACGGGUGUCAUUGGCGCCUCGUGGACGGGCCUCUUCCUUGCUCACGGGUUGCGAGUUCUGGUCUCAGACCCGGCUCCCGGGGCCGAAAAGAAGCUGCAGGACUUUCUUGAGGGCAUCUGGCCUACCUUGCAGAGCAUUGGACUGAAGCCCAACGCCUCGCUGUCCAACUACACCUUUGUCGGCGCCAGCAUGGAUGGACACUACGCAGAAGUCGACUUCAUCCAAGAGAAUGCACCCGAGCGACUGGACUUGAAGACAAAGUUGCUCGGCGAGAUUGAUGCCGCCACGAGGCCCGAAGUCGUCAUUGCCUCCUCCUCGUCGGGCAUCCCGAGCUCACAGUUCAUUUCCAAGUGCGCCAAGAACCCGGGAAGAGUCCUGAUCGGCCACCCGUUCAACCCGCCGCACCUCAUGCCGCUCGUCGAGGUCGUUCCCCACCCAAAGACGGACAAGGCCAGUGUCGAGCAGGCCAUUGCCUUUUAUCAGUCUCUCGAUCGCAAUCCCGUGCACAUUCGCCAAGAGGUCCCCGGAUUCGCCGCCAACCGCCUGCAGGCGGCCUUGUGCAACGAAGCUUACAGCUUGGUCAGCCGAGGCAUCCUCUCGGCCCAGGAUCUCGACGCGUGCGUGACCACCAGUCUUGGCCCUCGCUGGGCCGUGACUGGACCACUGUUGGCAAACGCAAUGGGCGGUGGCGGUGGAAGCGACGGUUUCAAGCAUCUCCUGGAGCAUUUGGGACCUGCGUCCCAGAGCUGGGCCCAGGAUAUGCAAAAGCAUGCUUUCCAGUGGGAUACAGCGAGCCUUGAUGCGCUGAGCUCGAGCGUUGCAGAGGAGCUCAAGCUGAAGGACAUCAAAGAUCUUGAGCGCCAGCGAGAUGAGCAGCUCGUCGAGCUUUUCCGCAUGAGGAGAUCCAAGACUGGAGGCAAGUAG